CAAAGUAUGAUAGAAGGAAAUGAACUCGGGCUCGAAUCUGAGUCCAGUUAAUAUUUAUGUAGGGGAGUAGCCGUUGCAGAUUCUGUUGCUGGCCGUGACACUGUGGUAUGAUGCGGAACGACGGCCUCUCAAGAGUUGGCACCUCGACGUCAUACAACUCGCCCAGCAGGGACAAUUCCACCAGAGACCUCGUCGUUUUACAAUCCCUAAUGGCGAACCGAAUUUGGCCUUGAGCAAUUCCGGCCAUACCGUCCGAGGCCUUAUGACCCGUUAACUGAACUUCUUUUCAUCCACCACCGCUUGCGCGGCGGGGUGGACUCUUCAGACAACGAAACGCCGGAACAGGAGCCACGAGCGAACCACAGAACGACUUAACGUCAUUCCCCAGCCAAAUAACGGACGAAAAAGUCUAUCGAGAUCGAACAUUUUACCGGCCAGCAGCGAAUGUCUGUGUUGCAAGUGUAGAUUGCACUUUCCCUCUUGCCUGCCCGUCGCAUCGUCUCGGACGGCGUUUGUAUGCAGUGAUCUUCAGAUGGAGGAGCUUGAUCCGCCCACAUUGCCACGCCUAUAAUGUUGCGUUCGAGCCCCGGGUCGUUGAUGCAGAAGACGUACGAUGAGUGUUAUCUGAUGUGUUCGACUGCCGUGUACUUUGAAGGACGGAAUAAUGAACAAGAAGCCCUACGGUCCUGGCGGGAAUCCCUGGAUACCAUAUAUCGCCACAAUGCCUCUAUAUCCUCGAGCUACGUCCCACAAAACGAAACCGAGCGCGCUCUGCAGAAGUCAAUCCAAGAGUUAGAGACGCAAUGCAAGGAGCGUAUAGAUUUGCUUGAAGCUCUUCGGGAAAGCCGUAGAACGGCACUGCUAGAAGAAGGAAAGGACAAGUCCGGAUUGUGUGGCGAGUCUAGCAUGGGAACAACCCAUGCUGAUACGGGACAAGGUAUCCCUUCCCCUGGGUGGAUUGGUGAUGGUACAGUUCCAUCGCUCGGUUAUCCGGAUCUACCACGACCGGCUUUACCUCCACGACCUCAAGCUCGAAACACUAAUCGGGUAGCAAAUGCGGUCACCCCCUCAAAGCUAUCGAGAUCCGCAAGUUCUGAGGAAAGAACAGUGCUGUUGCCGACUUUGAGGGGAUCUAAGGACAAGAAGUCACCCGAGAUGCGAGACAAAAAUUCCCGUCGGGUAUCUCGCCCAGCUGCAUCGCAAGCAGCAGACCUAGCUUGGAGCGCUUUACAUUCCCGACCAUCUGGCCCACAUAUGACGCACUCCACCCCCGUAAGUGAUUCCACCGCCAGAAAAUGGGUGGAUUCUAGUCUACGACCAGACGCACGCCCGAGGAAGUUAGGAAAUCCAGCGGUAAACUUGGCGUCAGGCGCGGCAGCGGCAGCUACACGUCGCCCCGCUGAACCGGAACCAUUACCUGAAGACUCAAAUACAUCUGCAAGAUCAUAUCGCAACCCAGAUACAACGGAUGCGCUAUCUGCAAAGGCUGCAACGAUAUCAAAACUUGGCGCACCCGCCUCUGCAUAUCCUAAAUACCGGAAAGAGUAUCCAGAAUCUGGAAAUACGCUGUCAUCAGGUCCUGUAACCCCCCAAGCCAAAGCGUCCUCCAAUUUGGCACGCAAAGGGCCAGAGAGUCAGCCAGGGAAGUCUCCUGGACAACCGCCAGCAGCCGAUGGGACACCGCUUUUUAAGCCUACAUCUUCGGGCCAAAAAAAUGAGAAGGCCCGCCGGCCUGGUGGUAAAGGGCAUAAUGACAAUUCUGCAAAGCAGAAUAUCAGCCACGAGCAGUCUCACUCUGCAACGAGUUCUCCCGUCCAGCCAAAGAAAGAUUCAUCACCGUUGCCACCAGAAACACCCCGAAACCAGGUGGAGUCUAGUGACGACGAGGAUCCGUUCGCAGAGGAGAUAAGAACUGAUAAAGACUUCUGUAACAUUAUGAAAAAUCUUCCGAAAGGAGUAGAUCGCAAUGCGGCAGGUCAAAUCUUAAAUGAAAUUGUCGUUCGGGGCGAUGAAGUUCAUUGGGACGAUAUCGCCGGUUUAGAAAUUGCAAAAAAAGCAUUGAAAGAAGCUGUCGUUUAUCCUUUUCUUCGCCCGGAUUUAUUUAUGGGCCUCCGUGAACCCGCAAGAGGAAUGCUGCUUUUUGGUCCACCUGGCACAGGAAAGACUAUGCUUGCAAGGGCAGUGGCCACCGAAUCAAAGUCGACAUUUUUCUCUAUAUCAGCAACGAGUUUAACGUCCAAGUGGCAUGGGGAAAGCGAGAAACUGGUUCGCGCUCUGUUCGCUCUAGCAAAAGCCAUGGCGCCGUCGAUAAUAUUCGUUGAUGAGAUUGAUUCGUUGCUCUCUUCUCGUUUAAGUGGCGACCAUGAUGCCACUCGACGAUCGAAAACCCAAUUCCUUGUUGAAUGGUCUGACCUUCAGCGUGCAGCCGCCGGGAGAGAGCAAUCAACCAAAGAGAAAGCUGAAGGUGAUGCAACAAGGGUUCUUGUGCUCGGUGCGACGAACGUGCCGUGGGACAUCGACGAUGCAGCCCGGCGGAGAUUUGUUCGGAGACAAUAUAUACCCCUACCUGAGGAUGAUGUGCGAAAGCUGCAACUUCAGAAGUUACUUAGCCAUCAGAAACAUGAGCUGUCGGAGGAGGAUAUUGAUGUUCUAGUCAAAGUUACUGACGGUAACUCUUACCCCUUUCCUCACAUUAACUUGAGUUACCAUUUGAAACUCGGUACUAACAGUAGUUAUAUUAACCCAGGGUUCUCUGGUUCUGAUAUCACAGCUUUGGCUAAAGAUGCUGCUAUGGGCCCUCUUCGCAACCUCGGCGAAGCUCUCCUUAGCACACCCAUGGAUGAGAUCUGCCCAAUUCGCUUUAAGGAUUUCGAGUCGUCUCUUUACUCUAUCAGGCCCAGCGUCAGUCGUGAACGCCUAAAGGAGUACGAAAGCUGGGCACGAGAUUAUGGGGAACGCGGCUCUUAGCUCCGCCAGUCGACAAUUCAUGUUGUUUAUUCUCUUUUCUUCCUGACUUCUUUUCCCUCCUUCGGGUCCGAGGGAAUCCCUGCAGUGAUGUGGAUACUGUGAGUAGGUUUAAGGGAAUUGUACUCUGGGAGUUAAAUGCAUCGGCAUCUGUGGUUCUAUUAUUGUCCUGAUUUUUCUAGUACGUUGGCUCAUGGGAUGGAGUUGGCUGCUCUCCUGUCAAACAUGUAUGGAUAUGAAAUGCUGGAUCAACUUGAAUCCACCGGUUGGUGGCUUUCAAUGAACACGUGCAUUGCAUUGGCACUGGUUUAUGAUCGAUAGCUCUGCUCUUUUCUUGCUAGCCUUCUUUCAGUUUUCAGUUUUUACAGAAUGUAGUUAUUUUAAUCUUCAUUGAUUAAUCAAUAGCAAUCACCGUGCCGAGUUAUAUGGUUUUCUGUAAUAGUCUAUGUCAAUGCACUUGCCUCUUGACUUUCGUG